UCUCCCGUUGUUCUACGGGGCGCGGUGAGGCCGGGCCGCGUCUGCUAGUUUGUUUGUUUUCGUCUUCUGUCAUUGAAAUUACAUAGAUUUAGAACGAUUAAAAACCUAGUCAACCAUCAACAAGACUUCGAAAAUCAAAAUAUCGUCGUAACAUUGAAGGUAAAGUCCUGGUACCAUGCCGGUUUUGUUGGAUCCUCCGGAGGGAUGCAGGCGCCCAACGUAUCUUAUGGUCAAGCAUCAUAGAAAACUUGAGAUGCUAAUGUACCUUUUGGGGCUUGUCUGGUUCUUUGCAUUACCAUCUGAUAACGUCAGCUCAGCAUCAUAUUUUUCUGAAAACUCACUCUUGCCGGGGUUAGUGAAGGGCGGGUUUGUUGAGGAUUCCUUUGCGAAGACACUAUUGGCAUCCCUUCAAGAUGAAAUAUCUGCUAAUCCAACGAAAAUGCCCUACCCAUGGUUACUGGCACAGUUUCGUCAAAUAGGCCUUGAUACAUAUACUCAUAACUUUACAUUAAACUACCCCCUAGCAAGUGAUUUGGCAUUUGAGGGUCAAAAUGUGUAUGGAAUUCUUCGGGCCCCUCGUGGCUCUAGCACUGAAGCAAUUGUGCUAUCAGUUCCUUUCCGUGGCUCUAAGAGUGUGCAUCCUUCCACAGCUGCUGGUGUUGCACUCAUGCUGGCAAUUGCCAAAUUUUGUCGUCGACAAAAGUACUGGGCCAAGGAUCUUAUUUUCCUCAUUACAGACCAUGAACAGCUUGGAGCUCAGGCCUGGCUUGAAGCUUAUCAUCAGACAUCCUCUGGUAGCCAUGCUGUACUAAACUCAGGGGAUUUACUUAGUAGAGGAGGUGCAAUACAGGCGGCUGUAAACUUAGAACUUUUAUCUGAUCGUAUUAGUCACAUAGAUGUCAAAAUUGAGGGGUUGAAUGGUCAACUACCCAACUUGGAUCUAGUGAACUUAGUUCACAUGCUCUGCAACAAAGAAGGCGUACAUCAUACAUUCCACAAUAGGGCUAAUUAUGGAGAUGGGCAAUAUAAGGUUGACCCAUACAAAUCAUGGGCUUAUUCCCUCCAAACUAUGUUAGAGAUGGUGUUUGCCCAAGCUUCAGGUGUUCCGAAUGGUAACCAUGGUUUGUUUCACAGAUUUGGAAUUGAGGCUGUCACACUGACAGGAUACAGAAAAGUUGACCGUGGGAGUCCAGCUACUUUCUAUCAAGUAGGCAGGGUACUAGAGGGAAUACUUCGCAGCUUAAACAACCUCCUUGAGCGGUUUCACCAGUCCUACUUCUUUUAUCUUCUUUCUGCCACCGACCGUUAUAUUUCCAUCGGAAUCUACAUACCAGCUGUAGGCCUCAUGGCGAGUACUCUUCUGUUGCGAGCACUGGCAGUUUGGCGAAGUCUACAGUUGCCUUCUCUGCAGUCGGACAAAGCCAAGCUACUGCGGGCUCAAGAAAUUAGCAACAGUUUUGCUUCUGUUGGGCUUACAGUACUGGCAGCACAUGCUUUAGGAGUUUUGUUGCUCAGAGUUCCAGUAUGGUCGGCACUUUACCUAAAUGUAGGGGCAGACUCUUCUUUUGCAGUAGUCAUUGGUUUGCUGUCAUUUACAGCCGUAACAAUUUGUCUUCCUAGUCUGAUGUCGAUGCGUCAAGACAGUUUAUUAUUAUUGUAUGUGAUAGGCCUCAUCGAAUUAGCAACUGUCCUUUUGGCAGUGUCUUUGCAUAAUUUUCCAUUGGCUAUAUUGUGUUCUAUUGUGUACGUUCCCUUUGCUCUUUUUGCAAACGGUGGAAGACUGAGGAUUUUAAGAAUAGUCUGUUGGUUGUUACUCCAGCCAUUGCUUUUGGUGGCUAUUAUGAUCUUCACAUAUACAUCAAUAUAUUUUCCAGAUGAUGUAAUUCUUUCAAAAGCAGUGCAUGCAUUUAAAGAAGCUCUUACAUUUAGUUAUGUUGACUAUGCAGUAUAUGGAAAUUGGAUGUUAAGUGUUGGUGCCACGUUUCUUUUCCCAACGUGGUUUGUUCUCUGGGUUGUUGUAUUAAAGACAUUGUAAAGAAAAUAAAUUCACUUUUAGUUUAUUUUGAUGAAAGCCAUAAGAAUUUAAGGUGUUUCUUGUAGUGAUUUGUUGUUGUUAAAAAGUUCAUUGUAUAAAUUAUCACAGCAAAGCCUAUAUGAUACUUAAAACUGGUUGUAAAUUAUUAUGCAAGUCUCUUGCUCAUAUCUUGAGUAAAUUGUCAUGUUCAGA